AUGGUAUCACUUAAAGAUAAUUUGUCAGACUCACAGGAAAUUGUGCAAGGUACAUUGAAUCAGUUGUCUCAACUUAGAAAGAAUUUACAAAAAAUUGACGCUGCGCUUCACAACACAUUAACGGCUCAAGAAAAAGUUUAUAAUAUUAUAGAAGAAUAUAAGGACCAACAUCAAGAUUUAGCAAACCAAUGGCAAAAUUCCUUAUUAGAAGCAAAACAAAAUUUGCAAAUGUUAUUAAAUAUCUCUCAGUCUGAAAUUCAAUUACUUGCAAAGACUGCAAGUGAUGCGCGUGAGAGCCUCUAG